AUGGGCUGGAGCAAAAAAUCCAAGACCUACAAGAGGGAGCGGGCAAGUUUCAUGGCCUCAGAAUUCGGCACCCACUACGGCAUAGACGGGGCAAAGCUACAGAACUGGCAAGCUCUUUGCCUUGAACUUCAAAUCAAAGAGCCCAUCGACACAAUCACUAAAUGCCGGAAGGCGCUCAGCAAGGUCCAUGUUAAUCUGGUUGACCUUAUCGACGCCCGUCGAACCGGCAAGGCUCCCACGAAAUUUCCGAAUUCCCAGUCGCUUAGGAAAUAUACAGUCUCAGAGGGCAAAAUAUUUCCCAAAGCAGCCGCUAAGGAGGAGGGGUUCCUCAAGGCCUUGCUCCGACGCAUUCUGUAG